UGUGUUUCACAUCGAAUAAUUUUAAUUUUUUACGGGAUUCUGCAACCAAGCGCUUCUUCACACAAAAAUUUUUCAGAAGAGAGCCAAAAAAAAGCAUAAAAGAGAGAGAGUUGCAAUUUCUGUUGGCGAUAUUUCUGACAGCAGUAAUUCGCAGUCAUAUGUUUAAGUAGCAAUUGCUCAAAACGCAAAAGGAAAAAUUUGGCAGACCAUCAGCAUAGCCAGCAGUUUGCCUUUGCGGAAAAAUAUCCUUUUACAUUGCGCAUGUCACAAAAGCAAGGAUAUUCUAUCUAGUUUGACGUUUGGCACUUAUUGAACCAUGUCAACAUAAGCAAUGUGAGCGAGUCAUUUUCCAGUUAUUGCACAACAAUUAGAAAUCACGUUGUAGUGAUGAAUUUAAUGCACGGAAUUGUAAUUAUUCUCAGCGCUGUAAUAUUUCUAUUCUACAAACUCUCCAAACAACGAAAUUCUGCGCUACAAAAUAUUCAAGCAUUACGUCCGCCCAAUCCGGAAACGCCGCAGCCGCCUUCAUUUUCACCACUGCUCGAAUAUGAAAACGGGGCGGUGUGUUCUGACAGCGAUGUCUGCAGUAGGAUUGGCAGGGAUAUAAUGGAGAAAUCAGCGGGCAGUGCAGUUGAUGCUGCCAUCGCCACGCUCUUCUGCAACGGUCUGCUGGCUAUGCAGAGUAUGGGACUCGGCGGCGGUGUAAUCAUGAAUAUCUACUCGAGUAGUGAGCAACGAGCCUAUAGCAUAUUGAGCAGAGAGCGAGCGCCACUCCAAUUCCAGCUGCCUGAAGGGAAUAUUAGCACCAUCUUUCAGUCGGCUUUGGGUAUUGCAGUGCCAGCAGAGAUCGCUGGCUACUCGUUGGCGUAUCAACAUUUUGGCAAGUUGCCCUGGCGCCAACUGGUGGAACCCACCACGAAAUUGUGUCGCCAAGGUUACUAUCUUACCAAACACCAACGUGAUUCGGUGUAUAUUAAUGGCAAGUUGCUCAAAGAGAAUGCCGUCCUACGCAAAAUGUUUAUAGAUCCGAAAACCGGUCAGGUAUUUAGAACAGGAGCGCAUGUACGGCCACCAGAGGUGCUUUGUCGCACAUACGAAGCGCUGGCACGAGAUGGACCAGCAGACUUUUAUCAUGGUGAUUUGAUGGAAAGAGUUUUAAAGGAUUUGCGUGAAUUUGGUAGUCCCAUUGAUGAGUUGGAUAUGCGGAAUAUGACGGCUGAGUUAGCAUUUUCACCCAAUGUGACUUUGGGCCCAUACACGUUACACGUCACACCGCCACCCGGUAGUGGUUAUAUUGUUGCAUUUGUAAUGAGCAUUUUGCAAAAGUUUAGUAAAAAGUUUGCUACGGCAAACGACAUUGACGCCAACGGACUGCAUCGCAUAGUCGAAGCGCUAAAAUUUGGUUUCGUCGAACGUUGGAAACUGGAUGUGGAGGUGACAGAAGAGGAACUAUCCAAUCUAACAAAUGCGACCUAUACGCGUCAUCUAGCCUAUCUGAUUGACGAGGUGCGCACUUUCAAAGAUGCGACAAGCUAUGGCGCAAGUGAGCAUUUAGUCUCACGCACGGACCAUGGUACAGCGCAUAUAUCGGUGCUGGCGCCAAACGGUGAUGCUGUGGCCGCAACAAGCUCCAUCAACUUUUACUUCGGCAGCGGCAAGAUUGGCACGCGCUCCGGCAUUCUUUUCAACAAUGCCUUGUCAGAUUUCGCCAUCGAUGGCCUGCAAAAUUACUUCGAUCUACCUAAUAUGCCCUAUAAGAAUCGUGUUAAGCCCGGAGCCUCCCCCAUGUCUUCCAUGAGUCCUAUUAUAGUUACCGAUCGGAAUGGUGAGGUGCGUUUGGUGACUGGCGCUGCUGGUGGCACUAAAAUCAUCUCUGUGCUGGUGCAUAUUCUGGUGCGCAUUCUUUAUUUGGAGCAGAAUAUCAAAGAAGCUAUUGAUGCACCACGUUUCCAUCAUCAAUUGGAACCAAAUAUACUUGAAUAUGAGUUUGGUAUAUUGCAAGAAGUUGUAAAUGCCUUGGAAACUAAGGGGCAUAAGACGAAGCGUUACAGAGAGCGCGGAUCUGCUGUUUGUGGUAUUGAACGGGUACGAGGCAAAGUUUAUGGAAAUGCUGACUAUCGGAAAGAAGGAGAUGUGAUGGGUUUCUAGGUGGUUUCGCAAAGUGCCGAAGUGAAAAAAAAAUUUUGGGUUGAGAAUUCGAUAAUUCUUUUUAUUUAAAAAAAAGAGGAGAGUAAAAAAAGGCUUAGAAGCAAUCGAAUCAAGGAUAACUGCUUACCAAAAGCGCACAGAGCAGAAGAAGAAACCUAUACUUAAGUAUAAUAAUAAAAAGAUUGUAUCUUUCUUUAUGCAAAGUUAUCAUAAACCAAAAAAAUAGCAAAUUUAAAAUUUUUAUGUGAUAAAUAUUUAAUUAAAAAAUUAUCUAAGUACAUAUUUAAGCAAAAAAACAACAAAAAGUUAAAGUUAAAAACAUCAAAAUAAAAUUGUGCCGAAAAUUUAUUACUCUUUAUUAAAUUACUAGAACAAUAAUAUAAUAUUAAAAAGAAAGCAGACUGUAUUAUGAUUGUAAUUUCACAGAGGGCUCAAAUUUCUUAAUGAUCUA